AUGGACGGCCUUCCGGUGACGGUCCGUUUGCUGGACCCUCCCUUGCAUGAGUUCAUCCCGCACACCGAAGCCGAGAUGGGCCUUGUGGCAAAAGCCGCCGGGGUCCCUUUGGAUCGCGUGCGCCGGCGCGCGAGCGAGCUGCAAGAGGCCAACCCCAUGCUCGGGCACAGAGGCUGCCGCCUGGCCAUCACGUAUCCGGAGAUCUGCGAAAUGCAAGCUCGGGCCAUCUUCGAGGCGGCCGCGGAGGUCGGGCGCAGCGCCAAGAAGACCCCGGUGGCCGAGGUCAUGGUGCCCCUGGUUUCCACUGUGGAGGAGCUGGUGCAGCUGAAGAAGGUCAUCGAAGACACUGCCAAGCAGGUGCAGAAGGAGCAGGGCGUGAACUUCAGGUAUCACGUCGGAACCAUGGUAGAGCUGCCCCGCGCAGCACUGCAGGCUGGCAAAUUGGCAGAGCAAGCGGAGUUCUUCAGUUUUGGCACCAAUGAUCUGACUCAGACCACGUAUGGCUUGAGUCGUGAUGAUGCCGGGUCCUUCUUGCCUGAGUACAAAGCGAAAGGCAUCGUGGAAACGGACCCUUUCGUGAGCCUGGACCAGGAGGGUGUUGGCGAGCUGAUCAAGAUUGCGGUGGAGCGGGGCCGCGGAAAGCGCGCGGGCAUGAAGAUGGGCAUUUGUGGCGAGCACGGCGGUGAUCCAGCUUCCAUUGAGUUCUGCGAGAAGACGGGCUUAGACUACGUCUCUUGCUCGCCCUUCCGCGUGCCCAUUGCCCGCCUCGCGGCUGCGCAGGCUGCCUUGAAAUCGCAGGGCGAGAAGGCUCUCCAAGCUUCCACGAAGGCUGCCAAGCCCAGGCAGCAGCAGUUUGGCCCCUGGUGA